UAGUAAUGAAAUCUCUAGAGGAGAAUGGAAUCCAUUUAAUAUGGAUGAUUCUGAUUCAGAUAAAUCUGCAAAUUUGGAGGAGAAUCUACAUAGCUCAAUAUCAAAUUCAUUAAAGCAUAAACUAAUAUUGCCUACAGACACACCCAAUGUUCGUCGGUCCAAAAGAAUACGUAUUAAACCAUUGCAAUAUUGGCGAGGAGAACGUAUUGAUUAUAAGAUAAGUGCUUCAGGAGGCUUUAUAAUUGGUGGAAUAAUAUCACCUGAACAAAGAGAAUCUAGGAAACCUAAAACGAAAGUUGCUACGAAAUCUGUUUCAGAGAUGGAGAAUUUGCAUAAUAACUCAAUUAUCAAGGAACAUUUUUCUCAGCCAGCUGUUGUUUUUGAUGAAACAUCUAAUCAACAAAUUCUUCUAGAAUGCAUGAACAAUGGUAGUUCACCUGUGUAUUGCAUUAGUAAUGAAACAUUGUCCGUUUAUAAAUACUUGAGUACACCUUCAUUUUCUUCUGGAAAAAUAAUAUUAAAUCCAUUAAAAGAAAAGGGAUAUCAAUAUUCCUACACAGACACAUUGGUUUUUCACAUCAGUUGUGGUAAACUUCUUCUAACACUGUAUGAUAAAAGCUAUUGCUUGACUGCUGGAAACUACUUUUUUAUUCCACCAGGGAAUGUAUACAAUAUACGUAAUCUUUUGAAUAAAGAAUGUGUCAUCCUCUUCACACAGUUGAAAGGAAAAGAAUAGUAAUCUAUAAUGUAAGCUUGAACCCAUAAUUCUUGGAUUGACUUGAAGAUCAUCACCUGCUUAAAAAUUGAAGAAUUCUUGAAAUCCCCCUUUUUCCCAGAUGUCCUCUAGUUUUACUGUAGUAGUUAGCAUUUAAACAGUAAAUUUAUGGCUAUUUUGUACAUUCUGGUGGUUUAUACAUUCUGUU